AGACGUGAAUGGUCACCAGGAAGAUCUGACCGGUUGCUAUGGGCAACAUCACCAGUGAUGUCUGAUGUUAAUAGAUAUGCCUGGAGACUCGGGUCACUAGUAAAGAGCAAGGGCUCCAGCGAUACUCACAGCAGUGAAACAAUCACAUCAGCACCUCAUCCCAUAUAUGGCAAGUGUCGCUGGGAGUUUUCGGUGACCCCCCAGUACCAGGGCUGCCAGCAGGUAAAUACACAGGACAGAGUGGAAUUGGGUCACCCCCAGCAUGGACUCGGGCCCCAUUAAAGAGACAUAAAAACAGCAGGAUCUGGUAGCAUGGGAAGAGGCAGAACAUGAGAUGAUGAGUUCUCCUUCUCUACCCUCAGCUUAAACCGAACAAGGAAAAAAAAAAUCAAAUUUUGUCUACAAAAGUCCAAUGGUGUCUCCUGAAGCACCUGAGAAGCAGAGAGAUGUGGACAGUGGAGUUGUAAGUGAUUCUGGGGAUUUACCAAUUGUGGUGGCACAACCAAACAUGAAUGUAGAUAAAGCAAGGCCUAUCAAAUCUGGCGGAUCACAUGAUCAUGAAGAAGAUGUUAAUCAGAAGCCCACUCUGAAUCCACAGGACAGCUCAGAACCGAAGAAGUCAAAAAGUGUUGGGUUUUGUGAAGUAGACAUCUCUACAACUCCUCUCCGAACUGGUGCUACAGAAAACCUAAGUUUUAAUCGAUCGUUGGACAAUGGGCGUCUCAGUGAAGACAUAGCCAUGGAUUUACCAGAGAGCAAAGAUCAAAGUUCUAUUAUUAUCAAAGGUCCUCCUUUACAAUGCCAAAAGCACAGCGCCCCAACUUGUCUGUGUAAAGAGUGUGUGGAAAAUUACAUGAACCUUAAUGAAAGUGUAGAGCCUCAUGUUGCAGAGGGUGGGAAGAAUGAUGGGGAUUUGCUGUGUGCAGACAGUUUAUCAGUAGACUCCAACUUAGUUAGGAGCAGAAGUGGCUCAGAGAGGUCCAGGCGCUCAGUAUUAUUAGAGGAGGACGACUAUGGCCAUAGAUAUGAAGAUGCACAAGUUACCCUGCCCUACCCUGAUUCCGGCAAACCACCAGACCACAUCACAAGACUAAGCAACGCCGGACUGUUUGAGCCCUGUGAAGACCAAGUUGAGAAGAGAGAGGCAGAAGACCUAACAGGAGAAGAGGACUGUGGGUCUCAAGCGGUCAUCCCUGCCUUCUUUAUUCAACAUGAGAGGCUAGAAAGCUUUUCUGGAAGUAGUCACAAAAAGGUGCAGCUUGAAAUGGGUGAACAUUUGGACUCUGUUAAAGGAGAAGCAGGGGCAGAGCCUCUACUCCAUUCUCAUCGUUCAAGAUCAGUAGAUAUGGAGUCCAUGCAAGGAGGACCUCAUAUCUGCCAGUGUGACAAGAAUUAUCUCAAGGUUGUGGGCUCCUUCUUGCUCUCCCUUUUUGUGUUUCCAGCCUUUCUAGGUUUAGCUUACACAUUCCUGCCCUUUGAUGCCCCGUUGAUGCCAGAUAUCACCACCAGACUUGUUUACACCUUACGGUGUGGGGCAUUUGCGUCAUUCCCCAUCGUUCUUGGUGUAAUAAUCCAUGGGAUCUCACGGCUCUGCUCUUCUUCCUUCGACCCCUUUAAACCCAAAGUGCGGGAGGUGACCAUUCACAGACGGUUUGUCAAGCAAAGCACAUUCCUGUUUGUUUUGUAUUUCUUUAACCUGUGCGUGCUGGUGACUUACCUGCCCCAGAACUACCUGAAGCUCAUCCCUCUCCUCACCUGCCUCUUUGCACUGUCCCAGCUGAUAUACUGGCUGUCCUUUGCGGUUGGCCGAUCAUUCCGUGGAUUUGGCUACGGCCUUGCCUUCCUACCUAUGGUGUUCAUGCUGGCUUGUAACCUCUGCUUCAUGUUUCUUGUGGAUCCGGAGAGGAUGAUUUAUUUGGGCUUACCUCAUAAGGAGGACUCCAAGUCAAAAGCAGACACUUGGGGCUGAAGGUCUGGGGCCCUCAGAGGGAACUGAACUGAAACAAAAAUGGAGGAGCAGUCUCAUCUCACCACUCCAGCUCUUUAUUUCCCUUAGAAACAUAGGACCUAAGGGAGGGCUUCAGGUGCACUCAUGGAUGUCUCUUACUCUGCUCUCUCUCUCUCUCUGAACCAAUGUUACACACCUUAACAGAACUUUCCUUUUAUUUUUAAACCUGUUUUUUUGAUUAGUUAUUUAAUUAAUAGCGUGAUAGAGUAUGUACCAGACUAACAAAAGUAAGUGGGCAUUGACCUAAAAAUAGACUGAGCUGUUUGGGGUCCAUUAACGAAAAUACAC